AGGCCCAAAACAUUCACCACCCAUCCUCCCCGUCUGGUCUCUGCCUCAUUCCACUCGGCACUAUUUCCUGUAGAUCGAAGGAAAUCCUGCUAUAAUCUUUGCAAGUUGCGAUCAUGGCGGCCAUGGCCAACGCCUCUCGUCUCCCCACAUCCUGCAGUAUCUCAACCGGCAGCAUCAGCGCUAGGGGCAGCAGGCCAGCCGUGGCCGCCGCUGGAUGCGCCCCCGGCGGCCGCAGGAGCCGCCGGAGGAGCGUCGGGGUUCUCCUGUGCCGCUCCUCCUCCACGGCCGGAGCUGAAGGGGGCGGGAGGAUGGAGGACUACAACACUGCCAUGAAGCGGAUGAUGCGCAACCCCUACGAGUAUCACCACGAUCUCGGUAUGAAUUAUGCUGUCAUCAGUGACAGUCUGAUUGUAGGCUCACAACCUCAAACACCUGAAGAUAUUGAUCACUUGAAACAUGAAGAGCAAGUAGCCUACAUUCUUUGUUUACAGCAGGACAAGGACAUUGAGUACUGGGGCAUUGAUUUCCAAGCUGUGGUCAGUAGGUGUAAAGAACUUGGCAUUCAGCAUAUCAGAAGACCGGCAGUUGACUUUGACCCGAAUUCCUUGAGGUCACAAUUGCCAAAGGCAGUUUCCGCACUAGAAUGGGCUAUAUCACAACGCAAAGGGCGAGUUUAUGUGCAUUGCACUGCUGGACUUGGGAGAGCACCUGCGGUUGCAAUUGCUUACAUGUUUUGGUUCGAGAAUAUGGAUCUUAACACAGCUUAUGACAAACUAACCUCCAUAAGACCCUGCGGACCCAGUAAGAGAGCGAUCCGUGCUGCAACAUAUGAUCUAGCUAAGAAUGAUCCAUGGAAAGAGCCUUUUGAGAGUCUUCCAGAGCAUGCUUUCGAGGGUAUAGCGGACUGGGAGAGGAAGUUAAUUCAUGACCGGGUGCGUGCUCUUCGUGAUGUACGAGCAGAAGGAAAUCUUAACAAUUACCCUAACAAGCAAGUCUUUACUGGUGCAACUCCUUUCAUGCACCAAAAGUGAAACUUAGCUUCCCAAGUGGCAGGCUUCAUUGCCAGAUUAUUAGAUGCUAUAAAGGAAGAGGUUUGAUCCAGCUACUCCCAGAAUAAAAGCAUAUACAUGGUCUUUUUGUUGGUUGGUUGUUGGUAAUAUGAAGAAAAUAAAGAGGCGUCCAUAGGUCACAUGAACUUUGUUGCAGGCCCUGCACCUUUGUGGUGAGAGAGCAUGCAUGAAUAGUGCAUUGUAGAUUCAUGAUGCAAGUAAAGCUGUGACGUGUCUCACAAUAUAUUUGAAUACAAUUUGGCUUAUAUUCUUUCCCUGAGAAAGAACAUGCUCUUACAUCA